UAUGGUGAAUGUGUUAUCGAUGCAAAUUCCAAGCACAUUGAGGCCGUUGUCGCCAUGCUUUUAUGAAUUCAUCCAUGCUAUUCAUGUCAAAUUCGACCGGUUUUUUGUACAAAUUUUGUUCUGAAAUUUUUUUUUAUUUAGAAUAAUAAAUUUACAAAACAAAAAACAAUUUCUUUCACUACCGUUGUUCAUUGACAAACGGAUUUAUCAUUCUAUUAACGUAUCAUAAUUAUGCGUUGAUUCGAUGCCACCAAUCAAUAAGAACAACAUGAUUCGUUUUGCGGUCAUCUUCUAUUUAAUUAUUCAAAUUUUCUGUACCACCGACAAAAUAAAUGAACGACGAAUAUUGCUUCCUUAUAAUGAUGGAGUUCCGACGAAUUUUACAUUGGAAACUUUUGGCGAUGAAAAUGCUUGUUAUAAAUGGUCUAGUUCACGACCUGAUAUUGCAUCAGUGAAACUACUUCUUGAUUCAAUCACACCAGCCGAUACUUCAUCUUGUUCAAAACGUGCCUUGGUUACCGUAGUUUCCAGAAUACCAAAACGUCAGUCUACAGUGGUUACUGCUCAUGAUCUCAAAACCAAUCUACAAAUUCGUUGUGAUGUUGAAGUGGAUGCUAUUUCAAGAAUUACUAUUCAAACGACAACAAAAGAAAUCGUCUAUGGUGAGCUACCCGAAACCAUUAGAGUAUUUGCAUAUUCAGAAAAGAAUGAUAUGUUUACAUCUAUCGGAGGAGUUUCAUUUGAUUGGUGUUUAACUCCAUCGGAUGUUAUACGAUAUCGUCCUUGGUCUACAUCAUCUUAUGCAUCGCCUGAUUUUGUUGAAUACUGGGAGUCACGCGGCAAGAAAAGUUCUAUGAUUUUGGUUGAAGGUGUGAAAACUGGUUCAGCCAAGAUUCGUGCCACUCUCAGUGAUAAUGAGUCCAUGAUCAAAAUGGAACCAGCAGAAAUCAAUAUCCAUGUUGUUGCAAAUCUUUUAUUGCUGCCAUCCAAUGAUAUAUUCAUGGUUCCCGGAGCUAUUAUUCAUUUUAGUGCUGAAAUUUCCAAACAAGGCCCUCGUGUAUCAUUACAAUUUCCUAAUGAACAAUAUUAUUUAGAAGUCUAUGAUUCGAAUAUUGCAAGCUUUGAUGAAUCGACCAACGUACUUACAGCAUUAAACGAAGGCCAUACAACUUUAGUUUUAAAAGAUCGAAAUAUGAUUUCAAAUGGCUCAUCACCCGAAGAUGUAUUAUACAGCAGAACCCGAACAGAUAUUCAUAUUAUGCCACCGAGCUAUAUUUCAAUGUUGAUUGAACCAGGUGAUCGAUUUCAACUUGUAACCGAUUUUGAAUAUCAACUUCACUUAUCCUUAUACGACAAUUCUCAUAAUCUUCUCCAUCCGUCAGAUAAUUUUCAUUUCGAAUUGAAAAUGGAGAAUGAUCAAUUUUUUGAAAUUCUAGAGAAUUCGUUGAACAAAACAUUUUAUCGAAUUCGAACCCGACAAAAAAUUGGCACGGCCAAUUUGCUAGUCUUUUUCCGUGGCGCAGGCAAUUUUUUUCUAUCUGAACCAUUAAUUCAUCAACAAGAUGUUACAAUUCAUCCACCAAUUACAUUGACUCCUAAAGAAAUCUAUUUGCCAUGGUUACCUUCGAACGAUUCCUCCCAGCCCAAAGUCUAUACAGUUAACGUUGAAGCUUUAGGUGCCACUAGUAGCGGAUAUAAUUGGCAAUCUUCAAACGAAACAUUAGCUAUCUUAAAAUUUUCAACGCAUAAAUCUACACGAGCAACAAUUCAUAGAAAAGGAGUGCUAGGAGAUGUCUGGAUAAUUUGUAAUGAUAUUCAUAAUUCAUUGAUAUUUAAUUCCAAAAUGCUGAUUCAAGUUCUUCCCAUUGAUGCUUUGGAAAUUUUGCCAUCGAUUGUUGAAGCGCCUAUUGGUGGAGAGGUUUUACUUCCUAUCGCAGUUCUUGCAAUCAAAGAUGGCAAAAAAUUUUAUUUUGAUGAUUGUUCACAAGUCAAAUUCGAUGUUGACAUUGUGGAAAAGAAUCGAAUUCGUUACAAUGCUGAUACAUUUAUGCCAGGUACUGGACGUAAUUCUUGUCGAUCAUUAUUGUUCGAAUGUAUAGCAUCGGGCAAUUCUCGUGUAACAAUUAGUUAUAAUCAUUUGGGAUUAGAAGAUCGAAAAAUCUCUACACAUACUAUUAUUGGAUGUUAUAAACCAUUGAAAAUGAUUCACCCGAUAAAAGAUCAAAUCGCUAUUCUCUCACUUGGAGCCGGAAUUGAUUUAGCAUUUGAAGGCGGACCACGUCCAUGGUCCAUGUAUCCCGAAGGACAUUUUACCAAAGCUAUUGCAAUCAAUAGUUCGAUUAUAGAAUUGAUGGAAAUUCGUGACCGUUAUCGUUUUAAUAAAGAUCUUCAUAUAUUUCGUGCAUAUUGUAACCAGUAUGGAGAAACAGAAAUCGAAUUCAAAGUUGGAAACAUAGUAUCACCAACAUUAUUGAAUCCAGCAUCAACAAUAACCUUGGUUCGAAUUAAAUGUUCACUACCCGAAACAUUGAUUAUCAAACCGAAAACGAAAUCAUCGUGUCCUCAUCAAGAUGUGCAAUUUUCAUUGGAAAAAAAUCGCUCACACGAAUUAGAAGUUCAUGUUUUAGAUCGGCAAGGAAAUGCUUUUUAUAACUUUUCAACACUAUAUUUUGAAUGGUCGAAAGAUUUAUCGAAUGGAAUUUUCGAAGAAGCCAAUCGUGUCCUUGAAGAAGUAAAUGGCGCUCGUGGUUUUUCCAUUUUGACUAGAUCAUAUCAAGUUUUUUCCGGUCUUACUAAUUCAAUAAAAGCCAUUCGAGUUGGUUGUCGUAUCAUCGGUUAUCAUCAGCAUAGACGUUUUCCGGAUCAAUUCGAUAUUAGAAGAGAAAUAGAAUUAAUUAUAUUGGAUCCAUUGACAGUAACAGAAGAAAGCAUUACUGUAUUGAAACAUUCAGAUUAUAAAAAAGUAUUGAACAUUGUCAAAGGUUCUGGUCACUUUUCACUGGACUGGCAGGAAAAACAAAAUGUUCUAGUAGAAUUGGCUAAAGAUGACAAACGCGAAUUCAUAGUUACACCACUUCAAACUGGUAAUGGCAUGAUUAUCAUAACCGAUCUUUGCCUCAAUUAUCCGCCAUUCAUGCUGCCAUAUUCGGUUGUUGAAGCAAUUGAUAUUAAAAUACAAAUGGCAGAUAAAAUAGAACUCGGCCAUUCUAUUCAAGGAACAUUUUUUGUUCUCGAUAACCGUGGAAAACGCCUUCAUUCUUCAUUGCAUAAAUUCCUUGAUUUGAUCAUUACCAGUUCGAAUAACUUACUUAAAAUUGAAGACGUGAAACCAAAAGAUGAUUAUUUAUCGACAUUUGCAGUACGAGCAGAACGAUUAGGCUUGUGUAAAUUGUUGAUAGAAACACAAUCACCAAAAAUUCGUUCGAUACUGUCAGCACAAAUUGAAUUGCAAAUAUUCUCCCCACUUCGAAUUACACCCACUAAUAUUACGUUAAUCGUGGGCAACGUGUUCCAACCGCAAUUUAUCGGAGGACCUCAAACACAAAGAAAUGUUGAAUUUGAAUUAGAAGAUUCAAGCAUAGCUAUCACCACACCUAUAGUCAAUGGUCCAAAUGGUUUGAUAAAAGCGCUAAAAAAUGGCAAAACACGUUUAAUUGCUCGUGUAACUAGUAUUGAUAAUUAUGAAUAUUCUCGUGCUCAAGCAGAAAUUUAUGUAACUCCAUUGAAAAAAAUCCAGAUCUGGACUCCAAUUAAUCAAGUUUUUGUCGGCGCUUCAAUUCCGGUUUAUUUGAUUGGAAGUUCGGGAGAAAAUGAAACCCCAUUCAUGUUUGGUCAUGCUCGACCAUCAAUUAAAAUAAGUUGGUCACUUUCAAAUGACAAAAUUGGAACGCUGGAAAACUCAUUCCAAAAAGUUGGUAUUUACGAUCGACAAGUUUCCGAUGAAAUAGCUGUACGUUUUAGUGCACAUUCAAUAGGAACAGUCAUGCUAAAAGUUGUGGUCGAGGUUACAUCUGCAUCUCGGGAUCCUCUUUUCGAACAACUAUAUCGCAAUCAACCAUUGACCAAUUCGAUCCAGAUUCAAGUAUAUCCUAAUUAUGUUUUAUCGGUAUCAUCACCCAUGGAUUCAUUUACAAAUAUACGAGAUCAUCCAAAACAAUUAACUGGACGUGCAUUACUCAUGUCUCCUCAAUCUGAACUCUUAUUACAUCAAAAUUCAAUGGAUGAUGUAAGAUAUCGCAUAUGGAAUGAAUCUUCGCACAUUAAAUUGACCAACAAAACUGGUAAUUUGAUGCUACAAGCUGGUGAUCAAUUAGAAUUCAGUUCGUUGGUGAUUGAGCGAGAUUUAUAUCGAACAGGCAUUAUGGAUCACUUUAAUCAAAUUAUCCAUGUUGAUAAAGUUCGAUAUCUCUCGAUUGAAUUGGAUCCUGUACAAUAUCCAGAACACAUGUCCACACCGUUGAUUAAUUUGGCCUCAUUUCCAAUAGGAUCAGAAAUUUCAAUGGUCAUUCACUUUCACAAUCAAUUAGGACGAAGAUUUGAUUCAGUGAAAUCUAAUCUCAAAUGGAUGAUGUCUCGAAAUGAUAUUAUUACAGUUAUAGAGUCUCCAGAUGAAUCUACACAAUCAUUUAGAAUUCGUUCACUUAAACCUGGUUCAGUCAUAUUGAAAAUUUGGGAUGAUAUUAACCAAGUUGGACAAUAUUAUAAAAUUGUUGUCGAUUGGGCCAUAACAUCAAUUAAUGAAGUGCCCACAGACGAUUCUUCAAUCACAUUACAAGUUGGCGAUGUAGUCUGUAUGCGAACCAAAAUCGAAGACCAUCAGCAGCAGCAAGGUUUUUGGCAUUUAGAUCAACAAGAUUCGUUAAUACCUAUCGGUUGGAUAAAUCCAAAAGUUGGAGCAUUGUUGGCACUCAGUCCUGGCAAAGGCAGCAUUGUUUUUAACCAUUCUUUAACUCGGGUUUCAACUUAUAAACCAUUUCAAGUUUUAGCAAUCAAACGAGUUAUAUUAAAUACGGAUGUCAUCAAUGGCCUCAGUACGACUUCAAAACAUAUUGUUCCUAUCAAUGUCCCAGGUUUAUCAUCCAAACAAACGAAUAGUUGUCCCGGAUUAGAUGCAAAAGCGUUUGCUGAUGUUGAACAUCUUGUACCUUUUGCAUGUGAUGUUUCAUUUUCGGAUGGAAUUUCCGAUUCUCUUUGGAAUGCAAAAGUUCAAUAUAAUCCACAACAAAAUGGUUGGUCAUGUAUAUUAACGCCCAAAAAGAAUUUAGAUCUAGAUUCAUUAGCAUUAUGGAAAAAUCGAAAUGUAACUGUGACUAUUGUAAUUACAACAUUAGCCGACACAAUCAUAUCAUCUGAUCAUUCUAAUGAACAGCAGCAAUUUUUCAAUUCAUUUGGUUUAUUUCAUCAAGUACAAUUUCCAUUUUGGCCAGAAUUUCGAACUAAUCUAAAACAAAUUUUAUUAACUUCUGAAUCCCGUGAAGUACGUUUUAUUGUUCAUUCUGUUAUUGAUGUUCUGGAAGAAAUGGUCAUAAAAUCUUCAAACGAAGAUAUUAUAUCUAUACAAAAGCAAAUGAUCUACGAACAUGAUCAAUCUUUUUCCAAUUCGAUGCGCGUGAUUGUCUCUCUAAGAAAUAUUGAUAUUUUUUCCAAUGAUGUUUCUAAUCUUCAUAUAAUACUUCAAUCAUUAUUAGUUAAUCAAACGGAAAAAAUUCCCAUACAACUUAAAUUAUUUGAUAGAUCACUUUUCGGUGUAACUAAUCUGCCCGGACAAUUACUCAUCGGUUCGAAUACGGCAUUAGAAUCAUUCUAUACGAUUUCAUUGUUAAUCAUAACCAUCAUUUUAGCCUUUUCCAUCUAUGUCAUUGGAAAAAAAUUUGUUCUUGAUCGACAACAACAAAUCAUUUAUGUUGAUUCAUCAUCACCUAUUCUACAAACAUCUCCAAAAAGAGUCAUAGAUUAUAAUCGUACACCGACAACAUCUGGACAAUCAUUCUCGAUGUUUGGGACACAACAAACUCCUUUCGCUGCUAUUCAUUCUACCCCGGGAAAUAUGUCAUCAAAUGAACAAAACCGAUCCAGGUCCUCUUCACCUUCAUCUCCAAGAGUUGGUCGACCCUUGUACUCUACACGAUCAAUUAUUACCUGACCUCUUUGUUCACAUAAUUUAAUGUGAUUUUUGCUUAUUUUUUUCUAUUCUGUGUUAUAUGCAUUUAAAGAAUCACUCAUCAUCAUCACAAAAACAAAUAAAAGCCAUAUUCUCACAA